CGGUGGGGCCAACAGUUGGCAGUUGAGUGGCACCAUUGGCUCACUCGCCACAUGGACAAUCUCUUCCCUACGGACGGUAUCGACCUCGACGGGAUUCGAGCGUUCCAGCACGACCCGGCGGUGGUGCUUCCAGAACUCGUCCCUUUCCAACGUCCCCAAUGAACCGUUCCCAAUUCUCCACCUUCGCUCUUCCAUCUCUCUUUCCCACCUUCUGGCAGUCUGGUGUCCAUACUCGUUUCUCCUUCUGUCUGGAACCGCUCGAUGUCCCCCUUCUCGAUCCAAGGCAGUGGCAGCUGUGGUGUGAGCACUUCGUCGAUCUCUCGGUGUGCCUGGUCGGGGUGAGGCGUACGUGGACAAGAGACGAAGAACACCGUGAGUGGUUUGAGUACUUGGAGCUGAUGAUCGUCCAGGCCUGGAGGACAGACGUGGAGGGCGACCUUCUCGGUUUCCUCUUUGGAUCAGUACUGCCCGACCAUCGCCAACUGAUUGCGAAGGAGCUCACAGUCCCCCUUGCGCAGUUGGCUGACGAUCUCCCCCUUGAGAUCGUCUCGCAGAGUGACGAGAACCCGGUCCCGCACGUCCUCACACGGACCCUGACGCCGUACCUUCAGUGGUCAGCGUGCCUGGAGGAGCCGAGAAGAGGACGCAACCCGCCAUCCCAACGGGAUUAUCUGAGCCCACGGGAAAUCAUCGAUCUCGCCUUCUUCCAGGAUCGAGCGGCCUCCGAAGACGAAGAGGUAACAAUCGAAGAAGAAAGCGCUGACGAAGAAGAAGAAGCAGCGGGAGAGGACGAAGAGGAAGAAACCCCAGAGGAAGGCAGUUACAGUGAGCACAGCGAAGGAGAGCAGAGUAAGGAGGAGGAAGAAAACGAGGACGAAGAGGAAGAGCUAGAGCUGGAAGAGUCCAAGUGGGAGAUCUCGGCGGAGGAAGCAGAGCAGGCGGACACUCAGGCGGAAGACCCCGAGGCGGCGCGCAAGAGAGAGGAGAUCGCAACCGAAAAACAACAAUUGGAAUUCGCCAGCGGGGCCAAUCCGCAGAUCGUUGAUGAUCCGGCCCGCGAUCCCGAGCCGCCCAAGCCAGAAGAUGGGGAUCUAGUUGCCGAGACUUCGAGGGCACUGGCCCAACGGCGCCGAAGCCAAUCCCCCUCCCCCUCUGCCUCCGACCGUUCAUCAGUUCGAUCCCGUACUGAUGCGGGCCAUCAGGCUUCGUCCCCGGUCGUUAUCCCGCCGUCCCCUUGAUCAUCUCACCGUCCGCCAAAUCACCACCAGCGUCACCUUCCCUCGUAAUCCCUUCCCCAUCGAUACCUUCCGAUUCU